CGAUGGGGCAACUUCGACCGUCUCUCUGCCAUGUUGUGCAACACCACACACACCUCUUACCGUACUUAUUCAUCCUCGGCAUCUCUACAUACUACGUUUCUUCUUUAAUCGGAGCACCUUAUUCAGUUUACUUUGUCCUUCACGAUAUUGACCAAAGCUGUUUUGUAUCCAUAUGGAAAUUUAGACGCCAACAUCUAACGGUCCAUAUACCUCAAUGGACGCCACCAGGUAGCAGAGCAAACGACACUUUCCUCGACCAACAACCGUUUCCUCCCAAAAGUCCGGUGAGCACGGCACGGCGCCUACUACCCAGCGUCAUCGAGUCAACCCGCCACAGGUUUACGGGAACCUAAAGUCCGAGUAUUAGUAUCAAUCCCUACAUUGGUAAUCAGAUCAGGCAAUCUCCAUACCUAUCCAACGUCGACUUGUUCACCGAUAAGACCUACCCACCUAUCUACCUGUCGUGCGCCCGAGGACGCACAACCCAGUCCACAAUGCCAGAUCACCACCACCACCACAACAACAACAACAACAACAACAACAACCACACGGCCCGCGACGCAGCCGCCGCCCUAUCCAUGAACCUCUCCUCCUCAGCCUCUACUACGCCCACCCACUCACCGACCUCCUCCCCCGGUCCCCAAGUUGGUUCCGACCCAGGAGGAGAGGACCUCCCACACUGGGCCCGUCCCUCGGCCUCUAACAUCCGCCGUCUGUCCUCCGGCCGUCCCUACUCCGUCCCCCGGCACGCUUCGCACCGCUCCUCCUCCGCCGCCGCCGCCGCCGCCGCUGGCGGUCGGGUAGCCAAGCUCAAGGCUCUGGCCCUAAAAGCUAUUGCAACUGGUCUCACCAUCGCCCAACGCGCAAUCACCAUCUUCCUCGGCCUCUCGCUCCUGCAAAAGAUUGCCAUUCUUGUCGCCCUCACAAUCUUCUUCUCGCUGAGCGUCGUCGCGCUGGUCUACUCCCACGCCAUCUUCGCCUCCCUCGGUCCCUUGGCAGAAAAAUGGCGAGCCCUACCGUUUGGCUGGCUGCUUUGUUUUGGCCUUGUCUUCAUGACCGCUUUCCCACCCAUCAUCGGUUACUCUACCGCCGUGACCGUGACCGGGUUUGUCUACGGAUUUCCGUGGGGAUGGCCGAUUGCUGCGGCGGCGACGGUGGCGGGAUCAACGUGUUCGUUUUUGGCGUCGAGAGGCGUGUUGGCUGGGUACGUGAAUGGGCUUGUGGGAAAGGACAAGCGGUUUGUGGCGCUCAGCCAGGUUUUGAGGAGGGAUGGACUGGGGGUGCUGGCAAUGGUCAGGUUCAGUCCGUUGCCGUAUAGUUUGAGUAAUGGGUUUUUGGCCACGGUGCCGAGGUUGAGAGUAGGGGGGUUCGCGGUUGCUACUGGGUUGGCUACCCCCAAACUCUUCGUUCACAUCUUCAUCGGCUCCCGCCUCGCCCUCCUCGCCUCAUCAGGCGACAAGAUGACCACCCGCGACCGCGCAAUCAACUACAUCUCCAUGCUUCUCUUCGGCGCUGUUGGCGCCGCCGUCGGCUAUCUCAUCUGGAAGCGGACCAUGUCGCGGGCCGACGAGUUGGCGCACGAGGAAGGGCUGGACGGGGUCGACUCGCUCGUCGCCGCCGCGGGGACUACGGCCGCUGGGGAGGUGCAUCGCGCGGCGGACGGUACGCUUGAAAUCGGAGAUGAUGACGAGGAGGAUUAUGCGGAUCUGGAGGGGAACAGCGGCGGCAGACUUUUGGUUGGUGGUAAUGCGGGUAGGCAAGGGGAUCUAAGGAGGCAGAGCAGUGAGAGUGAUAUCUCGCUAUGGGAGACGGAUCGAUAUAGGGAUAGCUGGGAUGAGGAGGCCAACCUUGGAGGGCGGAAGUAGUAGGGUUGACCUUGUCCCGAUGCUGAUGUUUUGUUUCAUCUGUUAUCUUCUCUUGUGUCUUACUUUUUAGGUUGUGGCAUGAUUGCACAAAAUGGUGCGAGCAAGCGGGCGGUGUCAUCGCAUAUAGAAAAUGGGGAAAGCAACCGGUGUUCAAUGGCGUAUUUGGAAGCAUUUUGAUUUUCCCGCUUUCACCACAUACUUUCUUUUGAUGGCGUCCUUGGCUAGUAGCCGAUUUUCAUGUCAAGAGAUCAUAUCGAUUGUUAAAGGAAAUGGUGGGAGUGACACAGGUAGAUAGACGGCACUAGAGAACAUAUAGAUAUCAUAAAACAGUAUUCAAGUUCA